AUGACUAAAUGUCAUUAAUUGUCAGAACAGCAAAAACAAGUUUUGUGAGAUCACGAUAAAUGUAUCAUUUCUUUUGGCCUUUUUCUUACCUUCUCUUUGUACCACUUCAAUUUGGAUAAGUAAAAUCAUCGGCUAUUAGUGCAGUAGUUUUUUUUAAGUUUUCAUCGAUAACUGUACUCAAAAUGCCGAAAGUUGUGUCCAGAAGUAUUGUCUGCUCAGACACGAAAGAUCAGGAAGAAUAUAAUGAAACGAAGCCUUUGCACAUUUAUUACUGCAUCUGUGGACAGAUGACUCUCAUCCUGGACUGCACCAUAGACCGCCUACCUCUAAGGCCUAAAGAUGGAGCGCGAGUUAUCGACGGGUCCAAACAUGCACACAAAAUAACAUCGGAUCCCGACGAGACCAUCUAUUUGAAGCGAGAAAAUGGUAUUGAACGACAGUACAGGAUGAAAUGUAAGAAAUGUUCAGUUCCUUUGUAUUACAAACAUAACCAGGACAACAAUAUAGUGUUUAUAAUGCGAGGGGCUUUAGUGCAAACUGCUGGCGAAGGAGGGGUUACAGACAUAUACAAACAAGUCGCUUUGACACAGCCUAAGAAGAUUAUGGUCACAAAGCACACAAAGAACAUGGGUAAAUUCAGUUCUGUGACAGUUUCCACAAUUGAUGAAGAAGAAGAUGAAAUCGAGGCCAGAGAAGUGGCAGACAGUUAUGCAAAUAAUGCUAGGAUCAUUGAAAAACAAUUGGAGAGGAAAGGAAUGAAUAAACGACAAGCGGAGACCCCUGCGCAGACUACAGAGAAGAGAGUUAGAGGGACUUUGAUAGAUAAAUAAAUGUUAGACUGGA